AUGUCUAUGUUUAUAAAUGCAUGUUAUGGAGAUUCAGGUGGUCCUUUCAUGAUGUUUACUUCAAAUAAACAAUGGGUAUUAGUUGGUAUAACAAGUAAUGGUAUUGGAUGUGGACAAGCAGAAUACUCUGGUGUUUAUACUCGUGUAGCUGCCUAUGAAUAUUGGAUAAAUUCAACAAUAAAUGGUAUUUACUCAACUUCAUGUAGCUUAUAUAUAGACAAAAAUUAAAUAUCAGUUAAUUAUUUGACUUUUUUUAUUUUAUUAAUCAUGAUAAUUAAAUUUUAGUUUUGAAAAAGGAAAAGAAUAAUAUAAUUCUUAUUUAUUUUCUUUUAUUUACUAACAAAAAGGUUUUAUUGAAUGGUUCUUUAGUUUUUAUUUUCGAUGAAUUGUUUUUCUAGUCGAUGAUAUAAGUAAUAAUAAUAAUAAUAUGUAAAGAGGUAGAAAAUAAGAUGAUAAAUAAUUUGCUUCUUACAUCUUUAUUUAUUUGUGUUUUCAAAUCAGAUGUUUGUACUUCAAAAAAAAAAAAUAUUUAGUCAACUAUUUCUUACGUGGAUAAAUAUACUUGUACUAAUAUGAUAGCAUUAAUUAUUUUCGUCAGAAUUUUGAACGAGUGUUACCCCGUUGGUUUUCUUUCUGAUAUCCAUAGCUCUCGGUGAAUUCAUGAUGAAAGAUGAAGAAUUAGAAAUCCUAACAACUCAAGGAUCAAACUUGAUCUCACCCCAUAAAUCUAUAUUUUGAGUCUUGUUGUAAACGGUAACAUUACUCAUGGGUUUAUUUUUGGUUCUGCUUAUACAAGCCUCAAUAAAAAUCUAAAAGUGGGGAAAUCAUCCUACCUCCACCUUCUUAUCAUAUCGUCUUAGGCAAAGAUUUCUCAGGUGCAUGGACUACCACAUAUAGUAAAUGGACAGUUAAUUAUGGUUCAUCCAGCUGAUCACUUAGUGGUAAGCAUGUAAAACUAUGUGGCUUGAAAUUAAAUGCAUAUAAUUGUUACGAUCAAAGACAAAGUAUGAGUAGCCCUGCUCUGUUAUUACCAAUCAUUAGAAUAUGAAUAUAUUCAGCAUUUUCAAUCUAGUAAUGCAUCUCUUCUGAGUCGAGAAUUUUUCAUGUGACACUCCACGUAUGAUUGUUCGAACAAAUCAUCCACGCUGUCGUUAGGCACACUUUGAUGCUAACUUCAGAUUUAUGUAUUUUAUUCGACAUUAAAACAAAUAUUAAGAAUUAUGUGCAUUAAAUUCAUAUUGUUCUAAAUAGUAUUCGAAUUCUUCAUUUUUAAUGCAACUUCAUAGAUUUUCAUUCGAACCGAUCGUCCUGUAUUGGCAUUAUGAAAGCGUAAUCAGACGAAUAUGCACCUUUAUGACAUGAGUAGAGUACGAAGAGUCACUAUUUUUGUGGUAUUUUUUGUUCACGAAUUUCGCGUGCCAAAAUAAAUAGCAGACCGUUUGAUAUAGCUCAUUAAAUUCUAUUCAUCAAAGUCAAUGACAAAAUUAGCAUAAUUAAAUAGGCGAAUGUAUAUCAAAAAAUGAUAUUUUUUAUAUUGCUGUUGGAUUAUCCGAUGAAAGUUUUUUAUGUUAUACAGUUCUGAAGUAUAUUCAAUGUUCUAUAAGAUACUGAUAUAUUUCGUUAUUAUCUUCUUUACAGAUUUGUUGAGCUAAUAAUAAUAUAUUAAAUAACUGAUUCAAUAAGUUUUUCCUAAAAAUUUAUAAUUUUUAUUUCAUUUUUUGAGACACUGUUAAUUUCUAUUCUUGUUGAAAAAAAGCAAUUUCUUCGAAACGGUGACACGACAGUUGAGCUCCCGACAAUUGAGCCCCGACAGUUGAGCCCCGACAAUUGAGCCCCCGACAGUUGAGCCUCCCGACAGUUGAGCUCCCGACAAUUGAGCUCCCGACAAUUGA